AUGCUCUCAGUGAUGUUAUAAAAAAUAAAUUUCAUGAAUAUCGUAUUAAUUAAUAAAACUUUGACAUUACCAAAAAGAGAAAUGGAUUUUCUCCAAAUCAUUUACUUAACUCUAAUAACAACGUUAUUACAAAACUCUCCAGAAUGUUCAACGGUAGACAACAAUUCAUCGGUAUUAAAAAUUAUGAAUGACGUCUCAAAAAUGUGGCACUGCAUAACCGAAAAGCACGAGGAUAUAAUCCCUAACGAGCACAACGUGUUCUUUAGACUGUAUACAAGAAAAAAUCGCAACCAUCCAGAAUUACUGAUAUUAAAUAUCGAAAAGGAAGUGGAAGCUCUCCGUACAAAAAUGAUAAGACGUCGAAGAGAUUCGUUUCUGCCGUUAAAUAAAAACGCCAUAAUCCAUUCCCGAUACUUCGUACCCAAAGCAGAAACAAAGAUCCUCAUCCAUGGUUACUCAGAGACUCUGUCAAAUACAAAGAUGAUAGAUAUAAAAAACGGUUAUCUGGAAAGAGGCGAAUACAACGUCAUCCUCGUAGACUGGGGACUCUUGACAAACAGCACGUGCUACAUGCACGCAGCCAAAGCCGUCUCGAAGGUGGGAGUCAUGAUUGGAAGACUUUUGGAUCAACUGAUACUGUCCGGAGUAUCCCUAACCUCAAUGCACAUUAUCGGGUUCAGUCUGGGCGCUCACGUUGCUGGCUUUGCCGGGAAGAACGUGAAGCUUGGUGUGGUGAAACGAAUUACCGGUCUAGAUCCUGCGUUACCGAUGUUCAUUGCUACGGAUUCCACGAAUCGCUUACACCAGAGCGACGCGGCGUACGUCGACAUAAUUCACACGUGUGCAGGAAUCCUCGGCAUCAGAAGUCGCAUUGGACACGCCGACUUUUACCCUAAUGGCGGAUUCCAACAAGCCGGCUGCUACGACGUCGUCUGCUCCCAUAGUAGAGCACCCGUAUAUUACUUCGAGUCCGUUCUCAGACCUUCCGGCUUCAAAGCAUUGCAGUGCGAUUCGUGGAAGCACUUCCUGGGAGACGAAUGCAACAAGACCUCCUACUCUCUCAUGGGCGACGCCAGCGAUAUUGGGACUCGUGGCACCUUUUAUCUGCGUACUUUAAACUAUACGCCAUACUGUAUGAGUUUUCAAGGUCUUGGUCAGUUUGAACGCUUACAUAAGGACACUAAAUACAAUGAAUAUUCCUAAAAAUUAACUAUCAAGAAUUAAUAAGAGAAUUAGUGUGUAUACGAUGCGUCGGUAAAGUAGAGUAAAUAGGGUGUUUGAUUGCACGAAGCGGCCGGUUACCCAGGGGAUAAAUGCUUUGCUUUGAUCUUUCGUGC